CGACAUUUUAGGCCAUUUUAUACUAGUGAAACACAUUGUAAAAAUCAUUACCAUAUAAACAGCCAUUUGUUUGCUGUAUUAAAGCGUCCAUUGAAUUGAAUAUUAGUUUUUAAAUUAUUAUACAGUAGUGGCCACCAAAAAGUUUCGGGAAAUUACGGGCCAUCGGGUAUAGAGAUAGAGAGAGAGAUAGGACACGAGUAAUAUUGACCAGCGCUAAUGGCCACCAUCGGCGGCGGCGAUGACGAUGACGACGACUUGUCGCCCGUUUACGACAAAAAGGCUGAACUUAUUGGCCAGUAUUCGGCCGAUUGUCUGCCCGACGAAGUCAAAGACAUUAUACCCGACUUUUUUAUGGAGUCGGUUAGGGUUACCGAACAAAUGGAAACGAUGGCCCGAUACGAGUACGUAUCCGAUGCUGUAGUGGCCGCCACUACCACCACUACCGAUGACGACUUUAUGAACGGCGCCGCCGCUUCGGCUGCCAACUAUGGCCUGGACUCUGGUGGUGGCGUUGACGAUAUCGGCGGUGACCAACAACAACAACAUCACGGCGGUCUACCCGAACUCAAGAAUAUUCUCGAUAAUCUUGACGAUAUACCCGACGAUCUGGUCAAGUGUUCCGAGGUUUUUGAUGACUAUUUUCGCGAAGGUUGCGGCUGUCAUCGUAAAUGUCACGAAAGAUUUCCGAAGUUUAUGGCAUUUGAGGCUCAUUUGGACGCUCUGGACGCCGACCAGUACUGUCCCGAUCAUAUCAAUCAUCAACAUUUGCUACUGUUGGGCGCCAUGAACUCGCUGGUCCAGAAUCAUCCGACUACUAUUGCCAAAGAACAUCGACCAAAAGAUCGGAAGAAUGCGCGGACACAGUUCCGAUUUCGCGGCCAAGAAGUUUGCCGCAAAUUUUUCCUAUUCGUAUUCGGUUGCGGCGAAAAACGUGUCAAAAAUGUUAUGAAACAAUUCUUGACUACCGGUAUAGCGCCCAAAGCGCACGAAUCGGCUCAGAUGACCAAAGAUUUGAUUAAAUCGGAUCCGAACGAUCAGCGCCGGGAUGCCGUCAUAUUCAUCAAAAACUAUGCCCAACAACACGCCCUACAGCUAUCCGGUCGCUAUGUCUGUCCGGAUAGGUCGGUAAAAGAUUUGUUUUUGUUGCCCGCAGUGGCCAACAUGACUCGCAAGUAUAUCUACGACCAGUAUAUGAUAUGCUGUCGCGAUCUGCACCGGGACGGCGUAUCGUUUGCCCUGUGGGGCGCCCUAUGGGACUGGUUGUGCCCCAACGUUAUGGUACCGAAAAAUAAGUACGAAAUUUGUCGCGACUGUCGCGAACAUCAGUAUAUACUGUCGAAACCGGAACCGCUCAAUGAUAAUCGUAAGCUACGAUCGACCGAAAAGUUCAUACAUCACCUGUCCCUACAGCACCACGAACUGGCCUACUAUAAGCAAAUGGUCGAACUGGCCCGACAGUCGCUGAUCCAGUGCCAGGGAGGAACCACCUCAGCUCAUGGACAACAACAGUCGUCACCGGCAACCAUGCACUAUACAUUCGACUGGUAUACAUCCGUAUCCCUGCCCUAUUCGAGUCGACUGUCCUCUGUCUACUUUCAUUCGGCCUACAAGGUCUCGUUGUUCGGUGUCUGUAUUGAACCGAUUGAAAAAUUCUAUCUCUAUAUUGUACCCGAAUUUAUUAUCGGUUCCAAUGGCAACGAUAAACUCCAAGAUAUUACCGUUUCGUUGAUCAACCAUUUUUUUACCAACUAUGCCCUAAGCGAAAGUCAAACAUAUAUACAUUUUUCGGAUAAUAGUGUACAGCAAAGCAAAAACAAUCACAUAUUAUCCUAUUUUAUGUGGCGAUCGGUUACCGGUCUCAACGAAAAGAUAGUCCUGUCCUAUAUGCCGAAAGGUCAUUCCCGAUCGUGGAACGACCUAUUUAUGGGCGUAUUCAAGAAAAAGUUUCGCAAUUGCGAUAUCAAUAGUCUGAAAGAUGUCUACAUGAUUGCCGAACGUUGUUGCGGACCAACCGAAUCCAUAACGCCGGUACUGGUCGGCAACGAUGACGGCGAUGUGGAGUUUCCGCUGUUGGACUGGAACGACAAGUUUGCGCACAUCAACAACUUGGACGCCAAUAUCCUGAACAGUAAUAAUCACUUUGAGAUCAGCAACGAAGUACCCGGUCUAGUACUGUGCCGCCGGAUGGUCAACAGUGAUACCAUAUCCUAUCAGCUUAUCGAUAACGAACACUUGGACCACAUAUCAGGCGAACUACCCGAAUGUCUGGAACUGGAAUCGAUGACAAUGGAAAGGAAACUCUAUUUGUACGAAAAUAUCCGACAGUUUACGCCCACUGCCUUCCAGUCGCUGAUAUGCGCCGAUCCCGAAGCCCGUGGCUUUCAAUACGCUAGUGUUGGACAAGAAUAUACGGGAAAAAGUAUUUUUACGCCAAAGAACAACAACAAGAGAUCGAAAUCGGAUAAUAAAAAGUCGUCAUCGGAUUCGAGACGUCGGGACAAUAGAACCCAAGAGUCGAGUAGUGGUGGAACUGCUGCCGCCGGCGGCGGGGCCAGUGGUGGUGCCAAACGUAAGCGUGCGGGUCAGCCAAAGUGUAGCUACUGUAAAGAGGUUGGCCAUCGGGAACGUAUAUUCGGUAAGACUACGUGUCCGAAAAAGAAACGCGAUUCACUGCUAUUGAAACCGAAACCACCGAAUGCAGGCGCCGCCGCCGCCGCUGCAGUAGCCGAAAGUAGUACCGGUGCCCAAACACAUCAUGAACUAGCCAUUGCCGCUGUUAUUAUGGCCAAUACUGAUACAGUCGGAGCCGGUGAUCAUCAUCAGUUGGUGCUGACCACUACCACCAGUGAACAGUUUGAUGACACGACUGCAACUACUGACACGAAAAAUAUUGUUGACGACGACGAUGAUGACGAACGAGUACUUCCCGAAGAUGAUGAAGAGGAAGACAAUAUGUCCAAUGGUUAGGGUUAAACAACACCGGGGGAACGGGAGGUGCGCCGGUUAUUAUCCGAUAUCUUCCCUCCCCACCCACUCCCCUAACAUUACUGUCAAUCAAUAGCUUAUUAAAUUCAAAACAAUUCAAUUAUCAAUUGCAUUAAAUAUCAUCAACACAUGAUUCACACCCACCCAUCCACACACACACACACACGACUGUGUGAUAAUAAUAAUCAUUACUGUGGUGUCAACAAAACGCACCAAUAAUUUCUAUAUAUAAAAAAAACUAUUGAAACGACUUAUGAAAUUUUAAUUUUAAUUUUUUUUUUAAUGAAUUAAUUAACAAAUAAAUAGUUUACAGA